AUGAUAGACCAAUAUUCAAAGUGGGAUGGACAUGGAAUGGAGAACUAUAUGGGUAAUGAAUUGUUUUUAGAGCACCAAAUCAUAAUUACAGAAAUCGAAAAACGUUUUGAUGACUCAACAGCCGGUCAUGGCAAACGUAAAAAGAGGGACAUUCGUAAAGCAGUUGAAAACGAUCAGGUUCCUAAUGUUGCAAUUCAGAGAACAUUUUACACAGUUCACUUGAAGGGAACGAUAACACUGGAAUGUGAUGUGACCGACAAUACUCCAGACUUUUCUAUUAAUUGGCAGAGGGAAGUAGGCGGUACCACCGUGGAUUUAACAAGUGACAGUGAAAACAAGUACAAUGGGUCUACACCCGACAAUCCGUCACUGACAAUUUUCAAUGCCGAACAGAGUGAUCGUGGAGUCUACAUAUGUACGGCUGAAAAUGAAUACGGCAUUGCUGAGAGUCCAAGAAUAUACUUAAAACUUGUCGUUGUGGACUUAGAUGUUGAUCCAAUCUUGAGAGCAUCCGGGGCAUUCAGACUAAUGAUGAGUAGUUAUGGUAGCAAUGGCGAUUAUGAAAAUGAAACAGAGCAGGCAAUUAAAGCAUUGUCUGCGGAUUAUUCCGACUUUGUUAUCUAUUGCAAUUUUGAGGGACGUCAAUGUAAUGAAAGGUAUAAUAUGUUUAACUGGUUCUAG